AUGUCUUCACCUCUCGAGGACCUAACAAACGACGGCGGCGGCGACAGGUCGCCGCGUCGUCGCGCAAACACAGCCACUGACACGCCCAAACGCGACCGCGACAACCGCCCUGGUGCUUUUUACGCUUCUCACUCUAGCCGCGCACCAAUUCAGAACAGUCAACCGGCUCUGCACCCUGGAGGUCAUCUUCCAGCAGCGGAGAAUGGCUUUGGGUUCCUUCCGUUUGCACCGGAGUAUAACCCUUAUGUGUUGCCCAUGCCUGCGAUGGGCUCACUUGGCGUCGCUCCGAGUGACAUGGACAGGCCGGUAGCCUCUGGCUAUGAUCUCGACAUGCAUCCAGCGAUGGUCGAGGGUCUUAGCAACGCUGGGGUUCCCAGCACAGGCAACUCGGCAGGUGAUGGUCCUCGCGAUUGCUCACCAUCCGUGCACGAGCCCGAAGAGUCGCCAGCACCCAAUCGUCCAAAACGCAAACACGGCACGAAGUUUUCGAAGGCCGAGCUCUAUGAACUUGCAAGGACGGCUGUCGACAUUGACCCUGGCAGCGAGCCAUGGGGCAAGAUCACGCAAGCCUGGCAACGGGUUGCGGAGCACCUGUGGGAGAAGCGCAUGUUCGUCGGGAGCAGCGUAGAGACGAUCAAGAACAAGAUGAACAGUAUGGUCUCGUACCAUGAGGGGAGCUCCCUACGUGUGAGCCGCGAUAUCCAGGAAGUUCUCGAUGGACCCGAAGGAGCCAGCUUCGGGUCGAUUCUCGACACGGCUGUGACCCAGCGCGAUGCGGUCCGUGACAAGAGUGACAAGCAAAAGUCCAGAAUGCGAAAGAAGAAAGCCGACGAUGAGAAAGGUGGAGCACGGGUACGAGCUGCUGCGAUGCAGACAAUGAAGAGCCGCCAUACCCACUCCCGCAUCAGUGACGAUGAAGACUCGGACAACCAGUCUGAUCUCGAACCUGGCCCUUCAAAACGAAGGCGCGCCGGCCGGCAGUCUCAGGAUGAUGAGUAUGCCCUCACCAUGCAAGAACGCAUGGCGGACCACUACGAGUGCCUCGAAGCUCACUACUCUCGAAUCGAGGCACGUCAGGAUACUCUCGCUGGCGAGCUUCGCCGCAUGGUGGACGUCUACGAGCAUGGUACCAGCACCAUUGUUGCUGCCAUUGAAGGCCUCGGUGUUCGUCAACCCGCUGUGCCGGAACGCAAUGCGGAAGCUGAAGCUGUUGACACGCCGUCAACUGGUACUGAUGAUGCUCCGCCGCCUUUCUGUGACGAUGAGGAGGAGAUCUAA